AUGAUACCAAAUGAAAGGAUGACAGCAGCAUGGCUUGUGUUGACUUUCCUGGGGACGUCCAUCUCGCCGAUUGCGGCCUUUUCGUUGCAACCGAUGAUGGUUCCGCAAAGUAGUUCUAGCACCCUGAUCCACCAACGACAACGACAGACCCUGAAACUCAUGAAGCCAAGUACGUUUGUCAAACCUCUGUUGGCCUCCUCAGAUGAUGAAGCUUCCACGAGUAUUGCCGAAUCCGAUCAACUCAUUCUGGGGCUGGGAGGCACAGUAGCGGCAGUUGUCAUGAUGUAUUCCGAAUUUGUCCUCUCCCAGACUGGUUGUGGAUUGCCCGCUGGUCCGUUUGGUGCCGUGGGGGCCAUGGAAGGGCUCAGUUAUCUGUCGGUAGUAGCAUUGGCUGGAUUUUCCAUAUUUCAAAAAGUCACUACGGGAAGCGGUUUACCAGCCGGAAAGUAUGGUCUAUUGGGUCUUGCUGAAGGCUUGGCAUUUCUGGCUAUAGCUGCUGGUGUUGUCGUUCUGGGGCUCCAAGUAACCAACUAUGGUUAUAUCCCAAAUGCGGUGCCAAUGGAGGGCGGCAUGUGUCAAUAG